AGGGGGAAGCAGCGCAACAGCAAACGCCGCAACCCGCCCUGCAAAAUAUAAAGAGGAAGAAGCUUUAACAUCAACAGAACAGUUACACCAUUUGCAGAGAUUGUUUUUCUAUCUGACCCAGAUAUAAUCCAGCCGUGCAGCAGCAACAAAGCUGAGAAAAUGGACACAAGAGCCUGGAGGAAUCCGUAUCACGACUACGAUGGGAGCCCUGCGUUCACACAGGCGUUGUUUGACUCUCACGGAAAGCUCACGUCGGAGUUUGCCCAGCGGCUGAGCAGCAAGAUCAGCGAGCUGUUAGCUGUCAUGGAGAACGGGCUGAAGUCUGCUGACCCGAGGGAUUGCACCAGUUACACUGGCUGGGCAGGCAUUGCUCUGCUCUACCUGCAUCUCCACAACGUGUUCAAGGACCCCUCCUUACUGCAGAAGGCACUAGACUAUGUCAACCACAGUCUGAAGUGUUUGACCCGACGUCAUGAUGUCACCUUCCUAUGUGGGGAUGCGGGACCUCUGGCUAUAGCUGCUGUGGUCUACCAUCGCCUGCAGAGGGUGCAAGAGACCGAUGAGUGCAUCAACAGACUGCUGCAGUUUCACCAGAAUGUGGUGAAAGGUGCAGGCGGGCUGCCUGAUGAGCUGCUCUAUGGUCGGAUGGGCUACCUCUACUCCCUCGUCUUCGUCAACCAGCAGCUCGGGCAAGACAGGAUCCCGCUGCAGUACAUCCAGCAGAUCAGUGAGGCCGUGCUCGUCUCAGGCGAGCACCUGAGCAGAAAGUUCAGGGUUCAGAACCACAGCCCUCUGAUGUACGAGUGGUACCAGGAGCAGUACGUUGGUGCCGCCCACGGCUUGGCUGGCAUCUUCUACUACCUCAUGCAGCCAGGCUUCGUCGCUGUGGAGGAGUACGUGCACAGGCUGGUGAAGCCCAGCGUCGACAACGUCUGCCGUCUCAAGUUCCCCUCAGGAAACUACCCUCCUUGCAUCGGGGACGACAGAGACCUGCUGGUGCACUGGUGCCACGGAGCUCCAGGGGUGAUCUACAUGCUCCUGCAGGCGUACAGGGCCUUCGGAGUACCUCAGUACCUGGUUGAUGCCCUGCAGUGUGGAGAGGUGGUGUGGCACUGUGGCUUGCUGAAGAAGGGCUACGGGCUGUGUCACGGCGCGGCGGGUAAUGCCUACGCCUUUCUGGCCCUCUACCGGCAAACGCAGGACCCCAAGCACCUUUACAGAGCUUGCAUGUUUGCAGACUGGUGCAUGAACUACGGCAAACAUGGAUGCCGAACACCAGACACUCCCUUCUCCCUUUUUGAAGGCAUGGCCGGCACCAUCUACUUCUUGGCCGACCUUCUGCAGCCAAUGAAAGCAAGGUUCCCAGCUUUUGAGGUGUAAAAGUGUCUCCACAGGUAGUCCUCCCCCACCCACACUGUGGGAAAAUAUAACCAGAAGAAGACCCACACUUCUGCUCUCUGUCACGCUCAUGCAUGAAAACACUUCAUUUCAUCUUCAUAAAUUAAAUUCUGGGACUGACUUUGACUCCCACUUCACACGUUGUGCCAUGUUUUUCCUGCUCUUUCUCUUCUGGGAACUUGACAUGUUAUUAACAGGAUGAAUCCUAUGCUCACAUCUCAACUACAUAAUUAUCUCAAAGAUGUGUCAAAAGUGGGAACAUCUCUGGCUUUUUGUGUAUAAAUGAAACUCUUUGCUUUAUUAAUUCCAGCUGUUGCUCAGAUUGUGUCGUCGUAUAAGGGUUUAAGCAAAAAAAAAAAGAAGGAAACAAAUUUUCAUUUUUAGUCAAAACAAAAUUAAAUUGUGGGAAAAUUAAAUGGGGUUUUGUUAGGACUUAUCUGUAUAUUGUCGGUUUGAUAUGUUAAAAAAAAGAAAGAAAUGGAUGCUUUAGUUUGCUAUUCUGUUAACAGCAAAGCUAGUUACACUGCACUAAAUAUAAAACAGUACAAGCUGUGUCAUGUGUUUAGGGAUUAACCCCAAAGUGUAAACUGUUGCCUGUCCUUUGCACUGUCUGAGCAAUAAAUCAUGUGACUUUUUUCA